AUGGGACUUCUCUCGUUUCUCCGUCGCGAUGAGACAGAACCCAGCUAUGUGCGAUCUUCGGAGGAGAAGGCCCUCGUGCGACGUCUCGAUAUUUUUCUACUGACCUUUGGUUGUAUCUCUCAAGUCAUCAAAUAUCUCGACCAGCAAAAUAUUAACAAUGCUUAUGUCUCCGGCAUGCAAGAGGAUCUUAACCUCCACGGCAACGAAUUGAACCUUUUCACGACAUAUUUCAAUGCCGCCUACUGCAUCAUGGUCAUCCCCUCUCAGGUCGUUUUGACGUAUAUUCGGCCAAGCUUCUGGUUGCCCACUUUGGAGAUUGUUUGGGGAGUUCUUACGGGCCUGAUCGCAAUGACAACGAACGCCAAGCAAGUUUAUGCUCUUCGUGUUUUUCUGGGGCUUUGUGAGAGCAGUGCAUGGCCCGGAAUGAUGACCUUGUUCAUGUACUGGUAUACCCCAACCGAGCUUGCCAAACGAAUGGGUUUCUAUCAUUCAUGUCAAGCUGUCGGCCAAAUGAUGUCGGGCGCCCUCCAGGCUGCAAUUUCUGAUACUUUGAAUGGACAUGGAGGCCUUGCCGGGUGGCGGUGGCUUUUUGUCAUCAACGCUAUCAUGACAGUCGUUUGGGGGUUUGCGGGCUUCUUCAUGAUUCCAGAUACUCCGAACAACCCUAACCCGCGCGCAUUCUGGUUCAAAAAGGCUCACGCUGAGCUUUCUAUGGAACGCCUUGCUCGCAACGGUCGCGCCGAGCCGGAAAAGAUGACAUGGGCCGGUGUUCGGCGCACAUUCUCCGGUUGGGUCGUCUACUUCAUUGCCAUUCUGUACAUUGCGACAGUGCUUGGUACCUACGGCUAUGUGUAUUUCUCACUAUUCUUGAAGUCACUCAAGAACCCAGAUGGAAGUGCAAGGUGGUCUGUCACACAAGUCAACGCGAUUCCAAUCGGGGGCUCAGCCAUCAAUGUAGUCUUUGUUUGGAUCUGGGCUCUAUUAUCCGAUUUCCUUCGCACGCGAUGGACCCUCGUCGUAGCCCAAGGAAUCAUUGGCAUCAUCCCGUGCAUCAUCAUGAGCGUUUGGACUUCCCAUCCCAGCGCUGUUCCUCUGUCAGGCGCAUACGCCUCAUAUUUUAUUUCAUAUAUUUGUCUUGGGACUGCGCCUCUAAUUUUCGCGUGGCUGUCGGAUCUCAUUCCACAAGACCCCGAGGCACGCACACUUGUGGUCGGAGUCUCGGUCGCUGGUUAUUAUGCGAUUUCCGCCUGGUCCCAGGUUCUAGUUUGGCCGGCAUCAGAGGCACCGUACUAUAGGUACGGCUGGCAGACUGCAUUGGCCUUGCUCGUUUUGGUCAUUAUAAUGACGUGUGCGUUACGCUUUAUCGAUGUGAGAUAUCUGCUGCCUAAACGGGUCGCAUUUCAUGCUACGCUGGAGGCUGAGGUGGUGGGUGGAAAGGAUAGCGUAUCAGAUCGAUGCGAUGGCCCAGAUACUCGAGGAGAGUCAUCAUCAGGUGUGGAUCACAAGACUAGAAACAAAACAAGAGUAGAUGAAGUUUAA